ACAGCAGAGUAACGAGUACGCAAUGGAAGUGAGUUUGUUCACGGCGGUCGCCAUCGGUUCUAUAAUUUUGCUGGUUUAUCGCUAUAUUUCGAAAAAGUAUGAAUACUUUCUUUCGAAGCCAAUUCCGUGCAUCAAGCCAACCUUCUUCCUAGGAAGCAGCGGACCCGUAAUGUUUCGCACAAACACUCUCAAGUCUCACGUCGAAAUGCUGUACAACACCUAUCCGGAUGCCAAGGUCGUAGGUUUUUACGAGCUAACGAGACCGGUUUUUAUGCUGCGCGAUGCGAACGUAAUCAAGAAGAUAGCCGUGAAAGAUUUCGACUUUUUCACCGAUCACUCGCCGACUAUAUCCAACGCACCUGCGGAUGGGGAAAUCGGUGGAGAGAGCCUGUUCGGUAACUCACUGUUUGCCUUACGUGGACAGAAGUGGCGGGACAUGCGAUCGACACUGAGUCCGGCGUUUACCGGAAAUAAGAUGCGACAUAUGUUCGAGCUGGUGGCGGAGUGUGGCCGAUCAAUGGCGGAUUUUUUCACUCGGGAAGCGAAAGCUGGAAAAGUUUUGGAGUACGAGAUGAAGGACAUCUUUUCGAGGUUUGGGAAUGAUGUUAUAGCAACGGUCGCGUUCGGGAUUAAGGUGGAUUCGAUGAAGGAUCGUGAAAAUGAAUUUUACUUGAAGGGGAAGCAAAUGCUUGAUUUUAAAUCGCUUAAGGUGCAUAUCAAGUCAUUGCUGUGUGAAUGUUUUCCUCGGUUGAUGCAAAAAUUGGGAAUCGAUUUCAUGGAUUCCAAUCUGAUGGACUACUUUAAGAGAAUGAUAGUUGAUAACAUGAAGCAAAGAGAAAUGCAUGGAAUCGUGCGAAACGAUAUGAUUAAUAUGUUGAUGGAAGUUCGGAAGGGUGCACUGAAGCAUUUAGAAAACGAGCAUGACCUGAAAGAUGAAGGAUUUGCAACCGUAGAAGAAUCUAGUGUUGGAAAGAAGUCACACUCUCGGAUAUGGACCGAAAACGAGUUAGUUGCACAGUGUUUCCUAUUUUUUCUAGCGGGGUUCGACACCAUUUCAACUUGCAUUACCUUUUUGGUCUAUGAAAUAACCAUUAACCCGGAUAUUCAGAAUCGACUGUAUGAGGAAAUUGGCGAAACAAAUCAAUCCCUGAACAACGCCCCUCUUAAUUACGAAGUUCUUCAAAAAAUGAAAUACAUGGAUAUGGUAGUUUCGGAAGCCUUGCGCAAAUGGCCACCAGGAAUUGUGGCUGACCGUUUCUGCACCAGGGACUACCUGUACGAUGACGGUGCUGGAACUCGUUUCGUGAUUGAGAAGGAUCGAACCAUUUGGAUCCCAACCAUCGCCAUUCACCACGAUCCAAAGUACUAUCCGAACCCCGAGAAGUUCGAUCCGGAACGAUUCAACGAGGCAAACCGUUUGAAAAUCGAUGCCGGUGCCUAUCUACCUUUCGGAGUGGGUCCGAGGAAUUGCAUCGGCUCACGGUUGGCACUGAUGGAGGUUAAACUAGUUGUGUAUUAUUUGCUGCAGGGCUUUAGUUUGGAGCCGUCCGAAAGGACACAGACACCGCUGCAGUUGUCGAAGGAUCUGUUUGGGCUCGAGGCGGAGAAGGGCGUUUGGGUGAAAAUCGAGCCGAGAUGUGUAUGAGUUGGUUGGAUGGAAGCGUGUCGGAAAUGGAAUAUUUUUUGUAGGUAAUAUCCACUAACACGAAGAGAACCAAUUUGUUAUCUUAUUCAAGCUAAACGAUGAUGAAUUGAACUGUUGGUUCGUUAGGUAUUUUCAAUAUUGAAUAGAGAUAAGUUCAACUGUUUGCGAUAAAAAUAAUCACAGCUGGUGGCAGUUUCAAGGUAGUAUCUGAGCUGUUAAUUCCCUAUAUCUAUUUGGACCCGGUUGGUCCGUCUUCGCAAUCAUACAUCUUUACGAGGCUGAGAAGAUUUUAUGUUUUCCUCGGAUAAUUGGCUGCUAAACCUCAGUAUUUGACGAUCGUAAAAUGUAAAUAAAAUGAUUGUAGUUAUACUUUGGGACCAUCCAUAAAUGACGUAGCAUUGUAUGGGGGAGGGGGGAGUUUUGUAUUUUGUGAUGAUGUGUGACGACAGGAGGGUAGGGGGUCAUGUCAUGCUACGUAGCUUUUUUAAAGGGGAAUAGGGGUUGACCUGAUGUCACGACAAUCUUACCCGUUUCAUCUAACUAACAUCGUCCUUAAUAUUUUUUAAAUUUUUUACGGGGACAACAAGGGGGGUGAGGGUUACCGUCAAGCUACGUAAUUAUCAGGGGGGGUAUAUGGAAUUUUGUGACGAAAUGCUACGAUGGGGGAGGGGGGUGUUAAAAAUCACUCAAAAAAUGCUACGUCAUUUAUGGAUCAUCCCUUUCUGUGUUUUUCAAUGUUUCGUUGAAGCAACGGUCCGAUUCAUGUUUCUUUAAAGUUAUUAAUUGGAUUUUAUUUUCCAUCAAAAAAGCAGAUUAAUUUUUGAUAAGGCAUUUUAGCUUCAUCUGUUUUGAAGAGACUCUGGAUUUGGUAGCAUUUUAAUAGUGAGAUUCGUGACUAUGUCGUCCUGGGUAGUGCUGCGAUGGAGAUCAGAUGUUUUUCUUUGCUUCUUGCGCUUACGGAUAACGAUGGUUAACCCAAAUAAAAAAACGCUUUCGGCAGAAUAUUAAUAAGUACUAGGUUAAUAUUGUUAGUACUUCUAGUACCACGUAA